AUGUUUUCAAUUGAUUCUUCAUGUGACAAAUUCAAAUCAAAUUCUAACCUCAUAUCUCUAAUUAAAGAAUUGUCAUCAGCCAAUAAUAAACUAAAAUCAGAAGUAAUUGAGUAUCGUGAGAUUCUAACAGAAUCCAGAAAUGAGGUUACCUCUUUACAAAAUCGUAUUGAGGAAAUGGAAACAGCUAGUGCAGCAGGAUUUUUAUAUCCUGGUAGCUAUGCAACCACUGCCUCAAUUGCAUCGCCUCUAAACAAAAACUUUCCUCAGAACAUGGAUGGUGAUUUAUAUUCGGAAGAUAUUUCAAGCCCAAUUCAUUCAUCCAUUCCUCAGAAUAUCAUAACCUCAAGCGUAUCUUGGUCUGAUUCAUUGUCAGUACAAGUAAGUAGUGAAUCAGAAUUAUAA